AUGCAGGGCUCUGGCCAGUCAGUCCUCUUUGAUUAUCAGUCUCCAGCAGCCCCUCUCUUGGCUCCUUGACAUGAGCACCAUAUAAGGCGCAGCGAUCUCCAUAGAAACGUGUCAGUUUCAAUAGUAGUGUCAAAGUUCACUAUAUACAGACAUUCGCGCAGAUCCCCCGUUUCGGAAACAUUGCUCUGCUGGUCCUCUCGUUUAAGCGCAUUCAUUUUUGGGGGUCUCUCCUUCUUGUUCUUGCAUAUCCUAUUAGUACUAGUUGGCGUUUUUUCUUCUUUUUUUCCUUUUUUCCUCAGUCUUUUUUCCUCUUCGUAUCCCCGUUCCUCCCCGCUGGAGAGAGGUGAAACUAUACAUGGGUACUUCAUUCGGCGACGCGGUUCUCCUUCGCAGCUGGGCGAGAUGAUGAGGUUUAUUUAAGAAUAUAGAUGUAAAAAGCCUAGCUCUUCAGUUUUUUUUUUCUCCUCCUCCUCCUCCUAUACGACGAAGACGGGAGAGUAAAGGAGCAAGGGGAAGAAAGGAGAGAGGAAUUUAUCUCCGCAGCACUUUGGAUCGCGUCUUUCCAGCGACAAGGUUUUGGUUUUUUUACACGCUCCUGCCUUUCUUUUGUGGCUAUUUUUUUUAUCUGACUGUAUUUUUUUACGUCUGGACUCGGGUUUUCCUACAAGAUUAGGGAUUCCUGAAUGGCUGACUGCAAUUUACCUUGGAACUGGCCUCCCGAUACUUGCAUAUCCUGAUCGGGUGCCUUCUGAUUUUUGAAUGUAUUGAUCGCGUUUGCUCUCUCUCUUAUCACCCAUAUGAGAUUGCGUGCUUCGAUUUGACUUUGCACUGUCCCAUCUUUUGAGAUUUUUUUUUUCUUCCUUCUCUACGCUCCAUAAACAUCGGCGAUCAUUUCGCUUUACAGCACUUUCCGGGGCCGAGAUAUGGCAAUGGUAGUUAGCGUCUGGCGAGAUCCGCAGGAAGACGUGGCCGGAGGACCUCCGAACGGCCCCAACCCAGCAGCGCAGCCGGCGAGGGAGCAGCAGCAGGCGGCGUCGGCGGCGCCGCACACUCCGCAGACCCCCAGCCAGCCGGGACCCCCGUCAACGCCGGGGACCGCCGGGGAUAAAGGGAGCCAGAAUUCCGGACAGAGCCAGCAGCAUAUUGAAUGUGUGGUUUGCGGGGACAAAUCGAGCGGCAAACACUAUGGCCAGUUCACCUGCGAGGGAUGCAAAAGUUUCUUCAAGAGGAGUGUACGCAGGAACUUAACGUACUCAUGUCGUGCCAAUAGGAACUGUCCAAUUGACCAGCAUCACCGAAACCAGUGCCAAUACUGCCGGCUGAAGAAGUGCUUAAAAGUGGGGAUGCGGCGGGAAGCGGUUCAGCGAGGAAGAAUGCCUCCAACCCAACCGAACCCAGGCCAGUACGCGUUGACGAACGGGGACCCCCUGAACGGCCACUGCUAUCUGUCAGGAUACAUCUCAUUACUGCUGCGAGCUGAGCCUUACCCGACCUCUCGGUACGGGAGCCAGUGCAUGCAACCCAACAACAUCAUGGGCAUCGAGAACAUCUGCGAGCUGGCGGCACGCUUGCUCUUCAGCGCCGUGGAGUGGGCGAGAAACAUCCCCUUCUUCCCCGACCUGCAGAUCACCGACCAGGUGUCUCUUCUCAGGCUGACGUGGAGCGAGUUGUUUGUGCUUAACGCGGCUCAGUGCUCCAUGCCUCUGCAUGUGGCCCCUCUGCUCGCUGCGGCGGGCCUGCACGCUUCACCAAUGUCCGCGGACCGCGUCGUGGCUUUCAUGGACCACAUCCGGAUCUUCCAGGAGCAAGUGGAGAAGCUCAAGACCCUGCACGUAGACUCGGCGGAGUACAGCUGCCUCAAGGCCAUCGUGCUUUUUACAUCGGACGCUUGCGGCCUGUCAGAUGCCGCUCACAUCGAGAGCCUACAGGAGAAGUCGCAGUGCGCCCUGGAGGAGUACGUCAGGAGCCAGUACCCCAACCAACCUAGCCGCUUUGGCAAGCUCCUGCUGCGGCUGCCCUCUCUACGCACCGUCUCCUCCUCGGUAAUCGAACAGCUGUUCUUCGUUCGCUUGGUAGGUAAAACUCCUAUUGAAACCCUCAUCAGGGAUAUGCUAUUAUCCGGGAGCAGCUUCAACUGGCCUUACAUGUCCAUCCAAUGAUCCUUAUAUGACAAAAAAAAACAGAGAGGAGGAGGGAAAAGAGGACCAAAUUUCAGCACCCCCAAUCCUCCUUCAAGAAGACUAUAUAUAGGACCGUUUUUUUCUGAGAAACUUUGCGGAAGACAUUACUUUUUUUCUGUCUUCUGGGACUGCGAUGGAUUACAUUAUGUACAGAAAAAUAUUGGAACUGGACUUUGCGCCUGUGUAAAUCCGCAUCCAUCAUCUUCAAGAACAAUACUCUUCAUUUUGUAAAAUACUAGUCUUUAUUUUCUUUUUUUUUUUGUAAAAAAAAAACAAAUAAAAUGGAAAAACAUCAUAUGCGCAGUAAGAAAAAAAAAUUGAAUCAAGACUUAGCGGGAAAAUAAUUUUUCCAAGCAAUUAUAAGAAUUGUCCUGUGUCUAUGUACCUCUCUGUUUUGUAUUUUUUCUGGUUAUAAACCAGGGUUUCUGUGAUUCUAUACUAAUAAUUUUUUGAUAUAACCUUUUGCUUCUUAUAAUGAGUGCGAUAUAUGUUGUCGAAGCUAUGUUCUCCAGGAAUUAAAAAUUGAAGUGAGAAUUUAAAAGAAUAAGAAAAACAAGACAAAUAAAAUGAAUUUAGACGAAUAAGAAACAGUCUUCGCUGUGACAAUAUCAACACUGAUGGUUGAACUUUUUAUUCUAUUUAAUUUUUUUUAUUGCAUCCCCCCACCCCCAACCCAAACUGAUACGAUGGACCUGCAGCAGAAGCAGCAAAAACAAAACUGACCUCCAGGACGUUUUUACUGACAUUUUUACUCCGUCUGGGGCUCCCCCCACCCCCCUUCCUUCCAUUCCCUCUCCUGGACCAUGAGUGUGUGUGGAGUCGAUCAUCAGUCACAUGAAACAAACAAACAAAAACAAAAAAAUGGUGAGACAUGAAAUUCAAAAAAGCACUUUUAAUAUAUCAUUUCAAAUACAUUUUGUUUGUUUCGUCUUGAAGAUUUUCGUUGUUUUCUUGAAUUUUAUUGGUUGUUGCCUUCAAUUUUGCUUACUCCAUGAUGCAGCUUUCAUUUUAUUUUUUAUUUUAUUUUUAUUUUAUUUUUUUGGCAGAAGGGUCGGUUGAUGAAGUUGUGUGAUGGUGACUGUACUAUUAAAAAAGUAAUAGGCAACGA